AAAAAGAAAAAACAAAGAAAGAAAAAGGACACAACACACCUACGCAAAACCCAACAUUGCUGCUUCAAGCCUCCAACUAAACUGGGGGGAAAAUACCUUUUCAUUUUAAAAAAAAAGUAAAAGAAAUUAAGAAUUCCAAUAAAUAAAUUGUUGUCAAUGACAAAUCAUUCAUAUCGGUUUCCUCGUCAAAACAGCAACAUUAAUUUCCUAAUUUUACUUGGAUUUGGUCUUUUUUUUGUUGAGUUUCUACAAAACCCUCUCAAUCUCUCAUCUCUUUGCUUAUCCCUCCUCUGGGUUUUCACCAUCAUCUUCUUUCCUCCUCUCUUUUAGGUUUUUUUUUCUACUUUGGUAAAAAGGGGUCUUCGUUCCAUCAAAUUUGGAACUAUUUUAAUUCAAUUUCAGCCUUUGACUGAUCAAAGAUUACUUCAUCAAAGAUUACUUCAUCAAAGAUUACACCUUUUUAAUUUGAAAUUUUCCUUUUUUUAAUUGGGUUGGUAAUCAAAUUCUUGAAAAGUCUUCGAUUUUGAUUUCCAGGAGGUUUCAUUGGACUAAGGACAUUUGUUCAUUGUGAUACAUUGAACUACACUUGAAGUUUUAGCUUUUAUCACUGAACCACACUUGAAGUUUUAGCUUCAUUAGUGUGGUUGAGUUUUGUUCCAUCUCUAUUGGGGUAGAGGAUAAAAAAUGAGAACAUUAGCUCGUUCUGUUCGCCAAUUUCGAUCAAUAUUAAGGUGCCAAGGAGAAAAUAAUGCAAUUGGCUUGACAAGGAGAACAUAUUUGGCGAGUCAGAGAUCGAAUUUUAGGUAUGAGGUUAUUCGAAAUAUGCAAAUACAUAGAUAUCUUCAUCCGUUGUCUACAAUAUCAAGAUACUUAUCAUCUGAAGCUGUGCAAGUUUCCACUGGAGAUGGGAUUAAAGGAGGCCCCCUUGUGGAGUAUGAAAGACGAGUAGCUGCAGGUGAACUAUUUGAUGGUGAUCUAUGUCAGCUAGACACUUUGAGAGAGCUUCAGAGGCUCUAUGAUGAGCUUGUUGAAAAAGCUGAUAAAUGUCGGUUGGAUCGCUAUGCAAGCUCAGAACAGUCUGGGAGGAGCAGGUGGUUGUGGUCACGUUUUUUGCCACAGACAUCAUCUUCUUCCCCUGUGAAAGGAUUAUACCUUUAUGGUGGGGUUGGCACGGGGAAAACCAUGUUGAUGGACUUGUUUUAUCAUCAAUUACCUUGCAAUUGGAGAAAAAGGAGGAUACACUUUCACGACUUCAUGCUCAAUGUUCACAGCCGUUUGCAGAGACACAGGGGUGUGGCAGAUCCGCUUGAUGUUGUUGCAGAUGAAAUAUCGGAUGAUGCAAUUUUGUUAUGUAUUGACGAGUUUAUGGUCACUGACGUGGCUGAUGCAUUAAUAUUGAAUCGUUUAUUUGGGCAUCUGUUCAGCAAUGGUGUUAUUCUUGUUUCAACUUCAAAUCGUGCCCCGGAUAACCUCUAUGAAGGAGGCCUACAAAGAGAUCUUUUUCUACCUUUUAUUUCCACAGUUAAGGAAAGGUGUGUAGUGCACGAAAUUGGUUCUUCAGUGGAUUACCGGAAGAUGACCUCGGGUGAGCAGGGAUUUUAUCUAGUUGGACUAGAUAUGUCCGGUCUUCUGAAGGUAAAGUUUCAUCAGCUAAUAGGGGAUCAUCAAGCUCAGCCACAAGAGGUAGAAGUGGUUAUGGGAAGGAAAUUAAAGGUUCCCUUGGGUGCAAACGGAUGCGCUUAUUUUCCUUUUGAAGAGCUGUGUGACAGACCUCUUGGAGCUGCGGACUAUUUCGGAUUAUUCAAGAAAUUUCAUACUCUCGCACUUGAUGGCGUGCCAAUUUUUGGGCUUCACAACCGGACGGCAGCAUACCGGUUUGUCACUUUAAUUGAUGUAAUGUAUGAAAACAAGGGUAGAUUACUGUGCACUGCUGAGGGAAGCCCAUAUGAACUCUUUGAAAGAAUUGUUACAAUAUCGGAGGCCAAGAACAUGGCACCACGGACCUCUUCGAGAUCAAAUAAAAAAGAUCUGGCUGAUCUUUGUGUUGAUAAUGAACUUGGGUUCGCCAAGGAUCGCACUGUUAGUAGAUUAACAGAAAUAAACAGCAAAGAGUAUCUGGAACAGCAUACUGCAAUCUUAGCAGCCAAGCAACCCUAUAGAGACAGCAGCUGAAAAUGCCGCGCAAUCUUAAGUUCGCCGCACACACAGCUGAGAUUCUUUGUGUUGAUCGAUAACAUAAAGUCGUCUAGAUUGCCCAUCUGGUGCCAAAAUGGCGAUUGAUUGAUCCCCAAAUAAUACCAUGAGAAGCCAAAUUACAUGGUUUAACCUGUUGUAACAUUACAGAUUAAGUAGCUCAGGAAAAAAAAAACUGUUAUUUAGCUGUUGUUGUAACUUCCAUAGAAAAUUUUCUACAUCAAUGAGAAGAUCCGAGUUGUAUAUAAA